UUUGGGUUUUCAGGGGAAGAAAAGAAGGAGUACGGUCUGCACUGCGACGGCAGAUGAGACGGUGGAAGAGUCUAGUAUCCGGAUGAACAGGGUAGUGAGAACAACCCUCAGAGUCAGGCUCGGCGACAUUGUUACCGUUCAGCUUUUCCCUGAAAUUAAGUUCGGAAAAAGGGUUCACAUUCUGCCUCUUGAUGACUCCAUUGAAGGAAUCAGCGGAAACCUCUUCGAUACCUAUCUCAAACCUUACUUUCUUGAGCAAUAUCGUCCGGUGAAAAAAGGAGACCUUUUUCUUGUCAGAGGAGGGCUAAGAAGUGUCGAAUUCAAGAUGGUCGAGACCGAUCCUGAAGAAUACUGUGUGGUGGCGCCAAUAACUGAGAUUUUUUGGGAAGGGGAGGCUGUGAAGAGGGAGGAUGAAGAAAGACUAGACGGUGUGGGGUACGAUGAUAUCGGCGGUGUUCGGAAACAAUUAGGGCAAAUUCGUGAGUUGAUGGAGCUUCCCCUCCGGCAUCCCCAGCUUUUCAAGAACAUUGGCGUUAAACCCCCAAAAGGGAUUUUACUCUACGGGCCUCCCGGUACUGGAAAGACUUUGAUUGCCAAAGCCAUAGCGAAUGAAACUGGAGCUUUCUUUAUCUGCAUUAAUGGACCCGAGAUCAUGUCCGGGAUGGCUGGUGAGAGUGAAGCGAACCUAAGGAAAGCAUUUGAGAAAGCCGAAGCUAAUGCUCCUUCCAUCAUAUUCAUGGAUGAAAUAGAUUCAAUUGCUCCCAAACGUGAGAAAACACAUGGAGAAGUAGAGAAGAGGAUUGUUUCUCAACUUCUAACUCUCAUGGAUGGUUUGAAAGCUCGUGCUCAUGUCAUUGUGAUCGGAGCUACCAAUCGUCCUAAUAGCAUUGACCCUGCAUUGAGAAGGUUUGGAAGGUUUGACAGAGAGAUUGACAUUGGUGUUCCUGAUGAAGUUGGUCGCCUUGAGGUUCUUCAUAUUCAUACAAGGAAAAUGAGAAUCACUGAAGAUGUAUGCUUAGAGAGAGUGGCAAAGGACACUCAUGGGUAUGUUGGGGCAGAUCUUGCUUCUCUCUGUACUGAAGCUGCUCUGCAAUGCAUUAGGGAGAAGAUGGAUGUGAUUGAUGUUGAAGCUGAAACAACCGAUGCGGAAAUUUUGAAUUCCAUGUUUGUCACUAAUGAGCACUUCAAGACUGCUCUUGGCUUCAGCAAUCCUUCUGCACUGCGUGAAACAUUUGUGGAAGUGCCUGAUGUUACCUGGGAUGACAUUGGAGGCCUAGAAUCUGUCAAAAGAGAACUUCAAGAGACUGUUCAAUAUCCAGUGGAGCAUCCAGAAAAGUUUGAGAAGUUUGGCAUGUCACCAUCCAGGGGAGUUCUGUUCUAUGGCCCUCCUGGUUGUGGGAAAACACUGCUGGCUAAGGCGAUUGCGAAUGAAUGCCAAGCGAAUUUUAUUAGUAUCAAGGGUCCUGAACUGCUUACAAUGUGGUUUGGAGAGAGUGAGGCUAAUGUUAGAGACCUCUUUGACAAGGCUCGCCAAUCUGCCCCUUGUGUUCUCUUCUUUGAUGAGCUUGACUCCAUUGCCAUUCAGAGAGGAAACAGUAUUGGAGAUGCUGGUGGUGCUGCUGACAGAGUUUUGAACCAGCUUUUGACUGAGAUGGAUGGAUUAUCUGCCAAGAAGACUGUAUUCAUCAUUGGAGCAACAAACAGACCUGACAUUAUUGAUCCUGCACUCUUGAGGCCAGGCCGUUUGGAUCAGCUCAUCUUCAUUCCAUUGCCUGAUGAAGCUUCAAGAUACAAGAUAUUCACAUCAUGCCUGCGAAAGUCACCUGUCUCACAUCAUGUCGACUUUGAAACUCUUGCUAAAAUCACAGAAGGAUUCAGUGGCGCUGACAUUACAGAAAUCUGUCAACGUGCUUGCAAAUAUGCCAUCAGAGAAGACAUCGAAAAGGAUAUUUUUAGGGAGAAGGACAUGAAUCGUCCAUCCAUAGAAGAGGAUGCAAACGAGGCAGCAGAAAUAAAGCUUUCUCACUUUGUGGAGGCACUGAAGUUUGCAAGGAGGAGCGUCAGUGAUGCCGAUAUGCUCAGAUAUAUUGAAUUUGCUAAAACCUUGCAGGACUCUAGAAGCAUCUACUCUACCAAACUUUCUGAAGCAGUAAUGGAAGGUCUCAAAUCGACAGAAUCAAAGCCAUUAGCAUCACCUGAUGACUGUAGUGGGCUUUACGAUUAGACCUGCUGAUGUUAUUAACCACUUUCUUUAGAUUGAAUGAGAAAUUAUACCAUUGAUAACAAAUGUCUGAUCUGGUCUAAACAGAGUGUUUGGUUUCUCCUUGAAUCUUUCUUGUUCGUUCCAUGGAUACUGGGUCUAAUGAAGUGCAUAUUCUUGU